GUUCCAGAGACUAUAUAUAUCAUGAUUAUGGGAAGAGUAUCUCACAUUCUCACAUUAUGGAAGGAACUUCUCGAACACUUCCUUACACCAUAAGAUUCGUUGGUCUUCUUGGCAGUCAUUCUCUUGGUAGAAAUCCAAAGUUUAUGGCUACUGCAGUAAAUUUAGGAAGAGAAUUGAUAAGGCGAAGAAUUAGUCUUGCUUAUGGAGGAGGCAAUGUUGGCCUACAAGGAGCUGUUGCUUCAACAGUCUUUACCAAUGGUGGUCUCGUUAGAGGUUUCAUUCCUGGGUACAUAGCAACACGACGGGUCUACGGACCUACAUACGGCGUAGAGCACACAGUUUCCAGCAAUUACUACAAAUAUUUUGAGAUGAAUCAUGCCGUGGAAGCUUUCAUCAUUCUUCCCAGAGGAGUUGACACUAUGGAAGGUUUGUUCACCUUGAUCUCAUGGGCUUCUGAAGGGUUACACAAUAGACCCAUUGGUCUCUUGAACAUUGACGGUUAUUUCAAUAACCUACUCAAAUUUCUAGACGAUGCGGUGAGGCAGAAUUUCAUGGCUUCCAGUCAGAGGAAACUUUUUAUUUCUUCUUUCUUUGUUGACGAGCUUUUAGACAAACUAGAGUUUGCUAAAGCUUUCCCGGAUCCUAGAGCUAGUUAUGACAACUUUGUAAAUCCUGGAAGAUUAGACUUAGAAUUGCAUCUCUAACAUUUCCUUUGUAAUCCAAGUUGCAUUCAUAUCGUCCACGAAC